AUGGGGCCGGCGGAUCGCACUCUCUUUGUGGGCAACCUGGAAACUAAAGUGACCGAGGAGGAGCUCCUUUUCGAGCUUUUCCACCAGGCGGGGCCAGUAAUAAAGGUGCAAAUGCCAAAACAUAAGGAUGGUAAACCCAAGCAGUUUGCAUUUGUGAAUUUCAAACAUGAAGUGUCUGUUCCUUAUGCAAUGAAUCUACUUAGUGGAAUAAAACGUUUUGGAAGGCCCAUCAAAGUUCAGUUUAGAUCAGGAAGUAGCCGUGCCUCACAGGAUGUUAGUUUGUCAUAUUCCCAGCAUCAUGUUGGAAAUUCAAGCCCUACCUCCACUUCUCCUAACAGACAUGAAAAGACUAUGGAUAACAUGACUCCGUCACCACAGAUAAUUCAGAGAUCUUCCUCUUCUCCAGAAGAUUUUCAGAAACAAGCAGUGAUGAACAACAUUUUGAGACAGAUGUCAUAUGGCGGGAAAUUCGGUUCUCCACAUCUUGAUCAAUCAGGGUUUUCCCCAUCAGCUCAGUCACAUAAUCAUAGUUAUAACCAGUCUUCAAGCUCCCAGUGGUGUCAAGAUAUACCAUCAUCACUGCGUAAAGCCAGGCAGAGUUCUCAUCCCUACCUAGCAGACAGACCCUGUAGCUGUGAGCAGCAUUACAGAGGACACAGAGAUGAUUACUUCUAUGAAGACAGGAAUCACGAUGGCUGGAGCCAUGACCACGAUAACAGGAGAGACAGCAGUAGAGCUGGACAGUGGCAUUUUCUCGAAACUAACAAGUGUUCAAAGGACAUUGUUUUUAUAGGGUCAUCCUAGGCCCUUAGGACUAAGUUGGUCUGGAAAUGUUUUGUUAAAACUGUACAGAGCAGUUUUAUAAGAUGCCACAUUUCUUUAUAAAACUUUUAAAACAUGUAGCUAUAGUCUAAUACAGAAAUGAGAAGACUUGUGAUUACUGU